AUGAGCUCUCCCACAGAAUCGAAGCUUACGGUCGCCAUAUGCGGCGGUGGUAUCGGUGGUCUGAUGCUCGCUCACGCUCUCGCGCGUGGGAAAGACAUCGCGAUCGAUGUGUACGAGGGUGCCGCAGCAUUCAGUGAGAUUGGAGCGGGUAUCACUCUCAGAAAGCGUACGAUGCCUUUUCUCACCGAGCUUGGGCUCGCGGAAGAUAUCAAUGCGAUCAGCUCUCGCAACGAAUCCGGGUCUGGUCUGAGGUUCUAUAGAGCGGAUAGAGGGAAGCUCGAGACUGUUACCGACAUCCCUCAACAAGGAAUGAUAACAAUGCAUCGUGCUGAACUCCAUGGUAUCUGCUUCCGGCGUCUACCAAAUCGUGUUGCAACGCACACCAACAAGCGUCUCGUCUCGUAUCUCGACCCUCUGGAUGCGGAUACGCCGAUCCGUCUUGUCUUUGCAGACGGUACCGAAGCUACAUGUGAUGUCCUGAUCGGCGCAGACGGCGUCAAGAGUGUUGUACGAGCAACCAUGUUAGAGGGGCUAGCUAGCCGGUUGCCAGAGGACGAGGGGCAGCGUGAAUCACUUCGUGAACGUAUCCCUCCGCGCUUCAGCGGGGCCAUGACGUUUCGUGCCAUCAUACCGAGAGAAAAACUGUCCGGGCUGUCUCCGGAAAGCCCUGUCUUGGUCACUGGGAAUCUGUACGCCGGUAAUCACACGGCGAUUGUCACGUACCCCAUCUCUCAAGGUCGCUUUUUGAAUGUUGCCAUCAUGAACUUCGAUUACUCUCUGGAGGGUUCGCUGUACCCGCAGCCAUGGGUCUCUUUGGCCGAGGGAGAGGAGCUCGCGCCUCUUGUCGACGGUUGGGCGCCGGAGCUGCGCCAUAUAGUCGCCUGUCUCGAUGGUCUUGAGGUAAAGAAGUGGAUCAUCAAUGUCGUGCAGCCUUCAUUCGACUGGUCCCAUGGUCGAGUGACUUUACUUGGGGAUGCGGCUCAUGCGAUGACACCCUUCCAAGGCGCAGGCGCCGUGCAAGCUAUCGAGGAUGGACAAGUACUAUCGGCUCUCCUCGCUCAUCCACGCACUACCCGCGCCACAGUUCAACGAGCCCUUCGCGUGUACGCCGAUGUCCGCAGGCCCGUCGCGCUGGACUUCUUCAAUGCUUCGCGUCGAAAUGGGCAGCUUAUUAGCGACCCUACCAUUCCAUCACAUCAAGUGGGCGCCGAGAUGGCGGCGAUCAUCGAAAGGGUUUGGGACAUCUCAGAUAGUCCUGAUAUGAAUGCCCGACGCGCUGUGCAUACAUUCGAGGACAGUAUGCACUAG